UCGUUCCAAACUACACUUCCCAUUGUGCCUCUUCGUACUUCCCGCCGCGCUGCAAGCCGGGAGUGCAGGACCUCGAGGCCUCAAGGACCUGGGAGCCGCUUCUUCUUCCGUCCGGGCCUGGUCUGUGCAGAGGAUCUGUUGCCGCGAUGUCGGCUGCGAUUGCAGCUCUGGCCGCUUCUUACGGUUCGGGUUCAGGGUCCGAAUCGGACUCGGACAGUGAGGGCAGUAGGUGUCCGCUGCCAGCCGCCGACUCUCUCAUGCACUUGACUAAGUCGCCUUCUGCCAAGCCCUCUCUGACAGUGGCGGUGGACUCGGCUCCGGAGGUGGCAGUUAAGGAAGAUUUAGAAACUGGAGUUCACCUUGACCCUGCUGUCAAAGAAGUUCAAUAUAAUCCUACCUAUGAGACUAUGUUUGCUCCUGAGUUUGGACCAGAAAAUCCCUUUAGAACACAGCAAAUGGCUGCUCCUAGAAAUAUGCUUUCUGGCUAUGCUGAACCAGCUCAUAUCAAUGAUUUCAUGUUUGAACAGCAAAGAAGAACUUUUGCCACGUAUGGUUAUGCAUUGGACCCUUCAUUGGAUAAUCAUCAAGUGUCUACUAAAUACAUUGGUUCUGUAGAAGAAGCUGAAAAAAAUCAAGGUUUAACUGUAUUUGAAACUGGUCAAAAGAAAACAGAAAAGAGGAAAAAGUUCAAAGAAAACGAUGCAUCUAAUAUUGAUGGUUUCUUGGGACCGUGGGCAAAAUAUGUGGACGAAAAAGAUGUAGCCAAACCUUCAGAAGAAGAACAAAAAGAAUUGGAUGAAAUCACAGCAAAAAGGCAGAAGAAAGGCAAACAGGAAGAAGAGAAACCUGGGGAGGAGAAGACAAUCUUACAUGUUAAAGAAAUGUAUGACUAUCAAGGCAGAUCCUAUCUUCACAUACCUCAGGAUGUUGGUGUCAAUCUACGGUCAACUGUGCCACCUGAAAAGUGUUAUCUUCCCAAAAAACAAAUUCAUGUGUGGUCUGGACAUACAAAGGGUGUCAGUGCAGUCAGAUUGUUUCCCCUCUCUGGUCAUUUAUUGCUGUCUUGUUCCAUGGAUUGUAAAAUUAAGCUCUGGGAGGUUUACGGUGACCGGCGUUGUCUGAGAACAUUUAUUGGUCACAGUAAAGCUGUUAGGGACAUCUGCUUCAAUACUGCAGGAACGCAAUUCCUUAGUGCAGCCUAUGACAGAUAUCUUAAACUCUGGGAUACUGAAACAGGACAGUGUAUAUCAAGAUUUACAAACCGAAAAGUACCCUAUUGUGUCAAAUUCAAUCCUGAUGAAGAUAAACAAAAUCUCUUUGUGGCUGGGAUGUCUGAUAAAAAGAUUGUGCAAUGGGACAUUCGAAGUGGAGAAAUUGUGCAGGAAUAUGAUCGGCAUUUGGGAGCUGUCAACACCAUUGUUUUUGUUGAUGAGAAUAGGAGAUUUGUGAGCACAUCUGAUGAUAAGAGCCUAAGAGUUUGGGAAUGGGAUAUCCCUGUGGAUUUCAAGUAUAUAGCAGAACCCAGUAUGCACUCAAUGCCUGCAGUGACUUUGUCUCCAAAUGGGAAAUGGCUAGCAUGUCAAUCAAUGGACAACCAAAUCUUAAUUUUUGGAGCACAGAACAGAUUCAGAUUAAAUAAGAAAAAAAUUUUUAAGGGACAUAUGGUAGCAGGCUAUGCAUGUCAAGUGGACUUUUCACCAGACAUGAGCUAUGUGAUCUCAGGAGAUGGAAAUGGAAAAUUAAACAUUUGGGACUGGAAGACCACAAAACUCUAUAGCCGCUUUAAAGCUCAUGAUAAAGUGUGUAUAGGUGCAGUGUGGCAUCCUCAUGAAACAUCUAAAGUCAUUACAUGUGGCUGGGAUGGUCUCAUUAAAUUGUGGGAUUAAUGGGAUUAGUCCUGAAACUAUCUAGGAUCAUUUUUGAUCCAAUGUCAUAUUUAACUAUAUUUAAUUAUUAAAUGUGUUGGAUGACAACUUGAUUUAUACAUAAUGUUUUCCUUAUGAAGUUGACCCAUUGUUUAAAAAAAGCUUUAUAAAUUUGCUUCGUUUAAUUUCAUUGGCAACUUUAUUUUGUUGUUUAUAGAUUUUAUUUAUACAAAGAAUGACCGUUGACUAUUCAAUGAGUAGUUGUUGUUGGCAGGCAGUUGGGGUUUGUCCCCAUGGCAUUACUGAAAAGAUCUCUUUGAGGUCAAGAAAGAAUCCCUAGUGGUUUAGGGAUUCUAGGGGAAAUAAUGUAAUUAAUGACUCCAAAAGGUACCAUAUAAUUACCCAUUCAAAAGGGCAGUAAAGACCAGGGAUGAUAUAAUUUAAUAUGUGUUUGAAAGAAGGAUAAAACCACCCACAAUUACUGUUCCCAUUCUUUUUAGUGCGUCAAGUUCUAAUCCUUUGGCUUCAUGGGUUCCACUAUUUUUUAUGACAUAUGUUGCAUAUUUUUAGUUGUAGGUCACUAACCUUCUUUGACUGUAGCAUUCCUCUAAUUUUUAACAGUGUAAAAUAAAAAUCAGCCCAGAAUUCUUUUCUCUACUUUCUAACUGAUCAGUACAGACAGAGCUAUUAUAAGCAAAGAGUUAUAUUAUUUCUGAAGAUAGAACUCAACAGAAUGCACCAAGGCUUUGAAUUUCAUUACUAUUCAUUCUCAGUAAGGACCUGGCUACACUUCCAGAAAUCAGGAUCUCCUAAGGUCAUUGUUUCACCAAUGUUACUACUAAAAUACUCCUUCUAGAAUUUAAGGUAUGAGGGCAUAUUCCAAAAUGUCAGUUUGUAAUUUCUUUGAAGUUAUGUUUUGUCUUUAAAAUUAUUCUGAUUUUACAUACAACCCAACUUUUUAAGAUUGAAAAAUACUAAACUUCUUUCAAAAUCUUUGAAAAAAAAAAUAAUGCUACAAGGUGGCUAGACUUUACCAGUUUGAGAAUAAAAAUUUCAGCUUAUGAAAUCAAGGUAGCCUCUGAAAUAUAGUAGCUAUAGUACUUAAGUUUUUCAAGCCCUUUCUCCUGUUUUAAGUCUAUAUCAGAUUGGUUAUAGCUAUGCAGAGUACUGACUUGAAGAGCAAAAUCAUGUUGAAUGUUGAUAACCUAAGAGCAUUAAGCUCUGAGUCAUGUGCAUGCUCCUUUCCCUUAGAGAGCUUCCAUUUUUAAAUUUAAAAAUAUGACCAGGCUCUGUAGCCACAUACAAAUAAAUUUCAAAGAAGAAAAUAGUAAAAGAGGAUAAAGAUGAAGAAGGUAUAGUUUUUGAUAUACAGGCACACAAAGAGAUAGAAGCACACUGCCUAGAUCCUGCCAUUUUUGUGUCUGCCCAGGAAGGGUGGCAAAUAAGAGGAAAGAAUUCGGACAAGACCUUCCCUUAGUCCCAAUCACUGGUAAAACAAAUGUGAAUUAUUGAAAUGUGAUGGAACAAAAAGAAUUCAUACAUUUAAACUGUAAUUCAGCACCAGUAUUGUAUAUGUUACAAAUCAUAAUUUCUUAAUCUGGAUUUAUUCUAUUGUUUUUUGACUGUUUCUAAACUAAGUAACUGUAUAUAAAAGUUUUCUCUUUUUUGAAAAGAUCCUAUUUUUGAAUAAAACAUUUUUUUGUAGA